AUGCGUCAAUACUCUAGAAACGUUCGACGCGCCUGGGAUGGCGAGGACUACCGACCACCCAAACGCAUGCGACUGCAGGAUGAUUCCACAUCGACCGAAACGCGGCAGCCUGUCCACGACAAGGAAAAUGUCUUUGAUCUUGAGGACAACCUCGAACGCGCUAUUCGCGAAACCAGCAUGACCGCGCUCUCUUCCUCACCUUCACGCAAGAACAGUACCGUCUUCUCAGGCGAAUCGCUCGAAGACGAUGGCGCCAGUACCAUCACGCCUCCAUCUUCGCCGCCACCUCUUCCUGCCUUACAGCUUACACCUCCCAAAACCAAACCGCGUAAGCCCACCUUCGCCUUCCUUGAGAAGUCCAAGAAAGACAAGCCAAAACAGCCGCUCAAACGCAAGCACGACGCGUCAGCAGCUCCUCGACGCGAGGAGUCCGAACCUUUGGUGGAAAUACACAAUUCAUCCAACAUUCCGACACGCGCAGAGUCAACAGUGCCUUCGUCCUUUCAAUCCAUCAAUGGCCCGUCCCGUCCUACGCCCGCGGCCGCGGCCGCGCCUACCUUCCCAGGUCUUAUCAAAUCUGCCACACCAAAAUCCCUUACUCAGACGCGUCUUGAUUUUGGGCAAUCUCUUGCGGCUAUCACUUGCACCGCACCCGACUGCGCCAUGACCUACACUCCCUCCUCGGAAUCCGAUACCACGUUGCACGUCAUGUACCACAACCGGCACAGCUGUGGAAUUGAAUUAGGCAAGCCGUUUCUCAAAUCCGCCAUGAAGUGGUGCUACGAAGUCCCGAACAUUCCCGGUUCCGUUGUUGUGGUGGACCGUAAAAUCUCCCUUCCGUCCCGCAAAGUCGUUCAGAAAGUACUGGAAGUUGUUAACAAGGAGCUGGGAAGUGUUGACAUAUCUGAGGAGGAACUGUGGUCACAACGACCAGUGCCCGGUGACACGGAUGAAAGCCGUAAGUGCGACCGCUACAAAGCAUUCCUGCACGUCAUCGAUGGUAAAUGCGUCGCCAUUGCACUCGCCGAGCGAAUCAGCAAGGCCUACCGUGUUCUGCCUUCCGUGACCUUGGAACCAGUUGAGAAGAUGGAUUUGGACAACAAUACUGGUGGUGCGCCCGCUGUGCAAAAUCCGCAAUACCCGACUCCAAGCCCGGUGGAGCAUCAUGCCUUGAAUCUGUCUAAGGAACAGCACCCGGCAGUGGUAGGUGUGAGCAGAAUCUGGACCAGCAAGGCGUUCAGGCGAAAGGGCAUUGCCAACAACCUGUUGGACUGCGUGGUCAACCAAUUCAUCUAUGGAAUGGAGAUUGCACGAGAAGAAGUGGCUUUCUCUCAGCCCACCGAUGCGGGCGCCAGCCUUUCAAAAGCAUGGUUUGAUGAGCCAGCCGGAUGGGGGGUGUACGUGGAGGAGUGA